AUGGGCUACGAAAAACUCGGACCAUCCAAGCCAAGUGGUUCGGUCACAGCCACCACAGCUCCAGCUCCAAACGUGAACAAAGUCACCUCGGAGAACACUACACGGAGAAGAAAGAAGCUUUUAGUGUCGUCACUCGUCUUAGCUUUCGCACUUAUCCUCGCCGCCGCGAUUUUCGCCGGCGUCCGCUCAAAUGUCAACUCCUCCCAACACGUCCCAGGCCUAGCUCGAAAACCAAGCCAAGCUAUCUCCAAAGCGUGCGAGCUAACUCGUUUCCCGGACCUAUGCGUUGACUCACUCACGAACUUCCCCGGCUCACUCGCCGCCUCCUCCGCCAAAGAUCUGAUCCACGUGUCCGUGAACAUGACGUUACACCACUUCACCCACGCGCUCUACUCAUCCUCCUCCUUCUCCUUCCUCGACAUGCCGCCACGCGUCCGCUCCGCCUACGACUCUUGCCUCGAGCUGCUUGACGACUCAGUGGACGCGCUCUCACGCGCUCUCUCCUCAGUCCUAUCCGUCUCAAAGGUUCAGACGAAGCCGCAAGACGUAGUGACGUGGCUCAGCUCGGCUCUUACGAACCACGACACGUGUGUGGAAGGGUUCGACGGUGUUGGUGGUGACGGUGGUGUGAAAGAGCAGAUGACUGAUGCGUUAAAGAAUCUCUCGGAGCUUGUAAGCAACUGUUUAGCGAUCUUUGCAGCAAACAGUGACGGUAGAGAGGGGAAUGACUUCGCUGGAGUGCCGAUACAGAAUGGGAGGAGGCUCUUGGACUUGAAGUUCCCGAGAUGGACGAAGAGAAGAGAGCGUGAGAUGUUGGAGAUGCCUGUGACUGAGAUACAAGCUGAUAUCAUCGUCUCGAAAGACGGUAACGGCACGUGCAAGACUAUAUCGGAAGCUAUCAAGAAAGCUCCUCAGUACAGUAGUCGCCGGAUAAUUAUCUACGUUAAAGCAGGAAGGUAUGAAGAGGACAACCUUAAGGUGGGUAGGAAGAAGAUUAAUUUGAUGUUUGUUGGAGAUGGGAAAGGUAAAACUGUAAUUUCUGGAGGGAAGAGUAUAUUUGACAAUAUCACCACCUUUCACACCGCUUCGUUUGCUGCGACCGGAGCCGGGUUUAUUGCAAGAGACAUAACAUUCGAAAAUUGGGCCGGUCCGGCAAAGCACCAGGCAGUUGCUCUCCGCAUUGGGUCUGACCAUGCGGUGAUCUAUCGAUGCAAUAUAAUUGGUUACCAAGACACACUAUACGUCCACUCAAACCGCCAAUUCUUUCGUGAAUGUGAUAUCUACGGUACAGUCGACUUCAUCUUCGGUAAUGCAGCUGUAGUGCUACAAAACUGUAGCAUCUAUGCACGCAAACCCAUGGACCUUCAGAAAAACACAAUCACAGCUCAGAACCGAAAAGACCCGAACCAAAACACAGGAAUAUCGAUACACGCCUCUAGGGUUUUGGCCACCCCUGAUCUCCAAGCGACCAAUGGUACCAUCCAGACUUAUCUAGGCCGGCCGUGGAAGUUAUUCUCUAGGACGGUUUACAUGUUAUCGUAUAUCGGUAAUCACGUACACACGAGAGGUUGGCUUGAGUGGAACACAAGUUCAUUUGCUUUAGAUACUCUUUAUUACGGUGAGUAUUUGAACACGGGACCCGGUUCGAACCUUUCGCAACGUGUGAGUUGGCCAGGGUAUCGGGUCAUCAAUUCAACGGCUGAGGCAAACCGGUUUACGGUGACAGAGUUUAUAUACGGUUCUUCGUGGUUGCCUUCAACCGGAGUCUCGUUCUUGGCUGGAUUAAACAUUUAGGUAAAGAAAAUAUAUAGUGAUUUUCUUUACGAUGCAUUGUUUCAUUCUUGCGUCCUUAUAUUAAUGGGCAUAUGAUUAAUCCUAUCCUAUAUGUAUACAUAUUUUAAACUUUUUAAUUGUAUGAUUUCGGGAUAUAUAAUUCACUAAGAUUGUGACUCGAGGAUAACUAUAUGCAGUAUUCUUUUCGAUGAUACAGAUUAUAUUUCGG